AUGGAUCUCCGCGCCCGCGCGAAGGAGAGCUCGUACGCCGCCGCGGCGAGGAAGCUCCUCGCGAGCGACGACGCGACGAAACCCGCGGCGACGCGCGCGAUCGCGGAGGACGGCGCGACGGGCGCGAUCUCGUCGGCGAACGCCGCGUCCGCUUCUUCGCCCGCGUCGCGAUCGCGCGCGGGCGGGCCCGCGGACGGCGGCGGCGGCGGCGGCGGCGGCGGCGGCGGCGGCGAGCAUCUCAGGCGGACGGCGUCCGCCGCCGUGGACGCGCCGCCGAAUGCGGCGUCCGCGUCCGCGUCCGCGCGCGCGAGGCUGGACACGACGGGCGUGCACCUGCGCCUCGCGCUGCCGCACGUCCGCGCGGCGCUUCGGCAGCUCCGCGAUUCGUGCCGCGGCGCCGGCGGCGAAGCCGCCGGAUCCCCCUGCCCGUCCUCCUCCGCGGUCGCGUCCGAACUCGCCGCGCUCGCGCAGACGCUCAUGGAGAUGGACGCGGAGGCGCUCCGAGCGUCGUGCGAGUGCGUCGUGUUGCACGUGCGGACCCUCCUCGGCGUCGCCGCGCGUCGAAGCGUCGAGCGGACGCAACUCGCGACGCUCCUGUUUUCGCUGUCGCGGUUCAUGCCGCUCGUGGUGACCUUGGACGAGGGCGCGAAGUCCACGACGACGACGACGACGACGACGACGUCCACGUCCCCGCCGGCGGCUUCGGCUUCGGCUUCGGCUUCGGCUUCGGCUUCGGCUUCUCAGGGCGGCGGCGCGUUCUCGGAAGCGGCGGCGGCGGCGGCGGCGCGCGAGCGAGGCCGCGUGUCGCUCCUCGCCGCCGACGCGGUGAAAGCCGCGGAGACGGAGGACGCGAUGGCGUCCGCGACGGUGCCGCAGCAGACCGCGAGCGCGAUAAACCGCGUCGUCGCGGGGCUGCGGACGUACGCCGCCGCGGUGAGCGCGUGGCAGUCGGCGCUCGCGGAUGAGGAAAUAAAACGCGGGAUCGCCGACGCCGACGCCGUCGUCGUCGCGCCGCCGCACGUUGGCCCGCCCGUCGCGCCGCCCGCGCCGCCGCCGUACGUGCCGCGGCCGCGGAGCCUGAGCGCGGAGAGGGGCGCCGGGUCGCCGUUGAGCGGCUCUCCGCCGCGGUUGUCGUCGAGGCUGUCCGAAGAGAGCGGCCGCGCCCGCGGCGGCGUUUCCGGCGGCGGGAUGUCCAGAGUCGCGAGCGGCAGCUCCCUCGGCGUGGACUGGGCGGACGAGACCGAGGACCACCCGCGGAGUCGCGCCCCGGCGUCGCUCGCGCACGGCGGGAGUUCGUUCUCCACCGCGAAAGGCGACGACAGCGACGGACGAGAGGACGAAGACGUGUUCGAAGUUGACGUCGGCGGCGGCGGCGCGCCGUCCGGCGAGCGGCUCAUCCUUCGCAAGAACACGUCCCCGGCGGGGCACGCGGCUUCACACGCGGCUUCACACGGGGUCACACAGAAGACGCUGCGAAGGUCCGCGUCCGAGGCGAGCGCGUCGCUGAUGGCGACCGCGGCGGCGGCGGCGAUCCAGGAGGAGAUGCACAAAGGGCAGCACCCCGGCGGCGCUUCGGGGGCGCGACGGCCGAUGAGUUACGCGCACGCGCUCGUCGUGCAAGCGCCGCGGCCUCCAGCUCUAGCGCAAACGCAAACAGGUGGUGCGUUACUUUCAACGCCCACGAAAGUGAUCCCCGCGCCGUUGGCGAAGCCGUCGCCGCCGCCCGCGGGGACGACGGCGGGCGGCCGCCCGCCGACGCCCCCGAAGCACCGCCGCCGGCUCUCGCGCGAGGCGAUGGACUUCGACGCGCCGGGCGCCAGCGACGGCGGCCCCGGCGGCGCCGGCGGCGGCCCAGGCGCCGGCGGCGUAAGCGGCGGGCCCGGAGGCCUGAGCCUGAGCCUCUCGCGGCCGUACAGGGACGUCCUCGCCGGCGGCGGCGGCGGCGCCGGCGGCGGCGGCGGAAGCAUGCUCGCGCACACGUUGACGAAAAAUGCGAUGGCGGCGGCGAGCGCGGACUCCCCCGGGACGUCCCCGCCGAUGUCGCUGUCGCUGUCCGCCGCGCGCGCGGCGAACGCCGAACGCGGUUUUUCGAUCGCCGCGGCGUCGUCGCAGGCGAGGGCGGCGGCAGCGGCCGCCGCGGCGGCUGCGUUCGCGAUCCCGCACGCGCCGCAUCAUCCGCAAAAGCAUCAUCAUCAGGUGCGUUCUAUACACUGGUCCCCAUACGACCGCGUUCGCGUGGUGAACGCCGAUCCUUAA